AUGUCUACGGUUGCAAAGAAGCCGCAGGUCAGCGCAGUCGGCCGAGUCACAAAUUCAGAGGGCACGUCUCCUCCAAACUCCUCCCACACGCGAACCCAAUCUCUGCGAUCCUCAACGCCCCCCGCCGGACAGCACUCGCGAACGAGAUCCGUUCGCGCCGCUCCUGUCUCUGCCCGCGCCGCCGUUGCCAGCAGACGAGAAUCAGUUAUGAGCACCGUUGACUCCGACGCCCGCGCCGCCCAGGCCGCUGCGCUGGAAGACCUCCAGCAGCGCCUGGAAAAGGAGGAAAAGCAGUCGGAGCAGUAUAGGAGGCAGUCGGAGGUCCUCCAGUCCAAGCUGGACGACUCGGUUAAGGAGUCGGCCAAGCUCGAAGAGAAGGUUCACGAGCACGAUGAGCUCCUCGAGACAUUACGAAACGAGAAGCGGGAAGCCACUCGCAAGAUUAGAGAGAUGGAGACCAUCUACGAGGCCGAGCGAAGCGCGAUCCUCAAGGAGAAGGAGGAAAUGGCAAACAAGGAGGAGGAGAUGCAGAUGGUGAUUGCGCGACUCAAGGAGAGCUUGGCCCAGAAAUUGAGCGUUGAAGACGACCCGAGACCGUCGAGGCAAUCGACUAGCGGUUCACCCUCCCUUGACGGCAGCAGCUUUGCCCCACCUUCUUCUCUUCAGCGAAGCGAUUCACGAAACAGCUCCAAGCUAAUUCUACAGAAAGACAAGCUCAUCGAAUCGCUGCGCUUGGAGCUUGCAGAAGCCCAGAUCAAACUGGUGGAAACCGAAAACCAGGGCGGAGGCAGAUUGCGCGAAGUUGAGCGCCUGUUAAUGGAGGCGCGCAUGGCCAACGCACGACUCAUGGAAGACAACGAAAGCUAUCAACUGCUCCUCCAGGAAAAGACUCUCAAGGGAGACUUUGGCCAGAGCGAUUUUAGCUACAUGAACCCCAGCGUGAACCACGAGGCGCUGGAUGCCCUGGAAGGCAAGACAGCCGGCAACAGUCUUGCCGAUGAGCUGGACGACGCAUCGCAGUCUGAGCCUGAUACUGGCGUUGACAAUCGCCGUCUCGAGAGCGAACUCAAGGCGCUGAAAGAGAAGAACAAGGCUCUCUCACUGUAUAUCAACAAUAUCAUCGAGCGCCUCCUCCAGCACCAGGACUUUGAGACGAUUCUGGAUCAAUCAGCAAAUAUGAAACCCCCGCUGCCCGAAAAAGAUAAGGAGCUACCACCACCACCGCCGCCAGCUGAGAAAAGUGAAAAAAGUGAGAAAAGUGAGAAAAGGCUCUCAAGCGGACAGUUUCCCCUCCAGCGAACCAGAACGGCGCCCAUCAUGGCAGGGAGGACAAAGCCUCGGCCAUUCUCCAUCAUUCAAACAUCCGAUGGCAACGUAUUGGACCACACUGAUCCCGACAAGGCCCCAAGCAUUCCCAUUGGUUUGGGCCGGGUUAACCGGCGUUCGCGACCUGCGAGCGACCAAUUCCCAGGAGCGGCAAGCCUAGUUAGUCAGAUGUACAGGGGCCCAGACAGCCCUGCCUCGCCGCCGCUUGCCAACAAAAGGCAUUCAAGUGCCUUCUUCCCAACUGCCGGCGUAAUUGGCACUCCCGGACGAAUUGCCAGCGGCAGCCAGGCUCCUUCAUCCGGAAGCUUCCCGGGUACGAGGGGCGAAAGAAGUGAGACGUCCAGCCUGAGCGGCGAGUCUGGCGAGAUUUCCACGCCGCCAUCACAAUCACCACCACGAUCCCAGUCCGACAAGCAGACAACGUUCACUGGUAGCAAGCCGCGUCCGCUGAGACUUGUCCAGGAGAACCCAGAUGCCGUCAAAGACAACAACGCCAACAAGCGGCAAAGCUGGAUAUCGGGCUGGAGCUGGGGUGGAAAGAAGGACGAAGUUCCAGCCAGCCCUGCAAUCCCCGAGUAG